AAGGGAAAGGGAAAGGACUCGAAGGCGCCGCCGAAGAAGAAGGAAGGAGGAGGUGGUGGCAAAGCCAAGAAGAAGAAGUGGUCCAAAGGCAAGGUUAGGGAUAAGCUAAACAACCUGGUCCUUUUCGAUAAGGGCACGUACGACAAGUUCGUGAAGGAGGUGCCCUCCUAUAAGCUCAUCACCCCAUCCGUCGUGUCCGAGCGGCUGAAGAUCAGGGGGUCGUUGGCCCGGAAGGCGCUGUUNAACCCUGUAACUUUUGAUAAUUCAUUUUAA